GACGCCAUUUCUGUGAAGAUUUAUAUCUUGUCUUUGUUAUUCAUGUCUCAUACUGCGCUGUGAUUGGUCGCUAUGGACAGGUUCAUUUAUCUGUUUUGUCAGUCAAUAGACCAUAGAUAUUCUUCGGCCUCCUCUUUGUUUACAUGGGUCGGUGCCUCAGUAUUUCAUACACCUGGCAGCGGCUGUACAGUGUCUGGCAGCCUCCUCUCAUUCCUCCUCUCAUUCCUCUAGUAUUGUCUGUGAAGUGAUAACAGACGCUUCUAUUAUAUUUUACAUUUCAGUUUUUUUUUUUUGUCUCCUCUUCUUCCCUUCAGGUUUCUCCAAUCCAGAAUCCUCUGCUGAUAUCUUCUAUAUAAGAGAAUUCUCCUGGAUGACCCAUCAACCAUGGAGAGAGACAGGAACAAGAUGGCCGACAGGAUCAUAAACCUCACCCUACAGAUACUCUUCCGGCUUACUGGAGAGGAUUACACAGUAGUGAAGAAGUCCUCUAGUGGGCGCUCUCUGGCCCCUGUGUAUGAAAGAUGUGGAAGAACCCUGAGCCCAAUCCCGGGGCCCCCACCUCCCUCCCUGAUACAUGAGGAAAUGGAUGAACAGAAGAUCCUAGAACUCAUCAACAAGAUGAUGGAGCUGCUGACUGGAGAGGUUCCUAUAAGGUGUCAGGACGUGGCGGUCUAUUUCUCCAUGGAGGAGUGGGAGUAUGUAGAAGGACACAAGGAUCAGUACAAGGAUCAGGUGAUGAUGGAGGAUCAGCAGCCCCUCACAUCACCAGUCAGAUCCAGUAAGAGAACAGCACCAGAGAGGUGUCCCCGCCCUCUUGAGGAGCAGUAUAAGGAGGACAUUACUACAGGGAAAGAUGAGAUCUAUAUUAAAGCUACAGACAUAAAGGAAGAGGAGGAGGAGACAGAUGUGAGCUGUGAUGAGCAGUAUAAGAAGGACAUUCCUACCGUAAUAGAUCCGAUUUAUAUUAAUGCUACAGACAUAAAGGAAGAAGAAGAAGCAGAUGUGAGCCGUGAUGAGCAGUAUAAGGAGGACAUUCCUACUGGAAUAGAUCUGAUCUAUAAUAAUUCUACAGACAUAAAGGAAGAAGAAGAGACAGAAGUGAGCGGUGAUGACCAGUAUAAGAAGGGCAUUCCUACCGGAAUAGAUCAGAUCUAUAAUAAUGCUACAGACAUAAAGGAAGAAGAAGAAACAGAUGUGAGCGGUGAUGAGCAGUAUAAUGAGGACAUUCCUACAGGGAAAGAUCAGACCUAUAUUAAUGCUACAGACAUAAAGGAAGAAGAAGAAGAAACAGAUGUGAGCAGUGAUGAGCAGUAUAAGAAGGACAUUCCUACAGGGAAAGAUCAGACCUAUAUUAAUGCUGCAGACAUAAAGGAAGAAGAAGAAGAGACAGAUGUGAGCGGUGAUGAGCAGUAUAAGGAGGACAUUCCUACAGGGAAAGAUCAGACCUAUAUUAAUGCUGCAGACAUAAAGGAAGAAGAAGAAGAGACAGAUAUGAGCGGUGAUGAGCAGUAUAAGGAGGACAUUCCUACAGGGAAAGAUCAGACCUAUAUUAAUGCUACGGACAUAAAGGAAGAAGAAGAAGAGACAGAUGUGAGCGGUGAUGAGCAGUAUAAGGAGGACAUUCCUACAGGUAACCGCCCAGAUUCUUGUAGCAGGAGAUCAGAGGAGAAUCUUAUAUCUUCAGAUUAUAAAGCAGAUGAUGAUAUCACACAAGAUACAUAUGAAGAACAUUCUAUUAUCCCAGAUACACCCUCAGCCCUUCACAGCCAAGAUCUCUCAUCUCAUCCUUAUAUACAGGUCCUGUCUUCUCAGUCAUCACAGGAUGUUCAGCAAAAUAUAAGUCACGGAAGUAGUGUUGGACAUCAGAAAGAUUGUGCAAAGGAGAAGCAAUAUUCAUGUUCAGAAUGUGGAAAGUGUUUUAACCGGAAAUCAAAUCUUGAUAGACAUAAGAGAAGUCACACAGGAGAGAAGCCAUUUUCAUGUCUAGAAUGUGGAAAAUGUUUUCCAGAAAAAGCGAAUCUUGUUAAACAUGAGAAAAUUCACACAGGAAAUAAGCCAUUUCCAUGUUCAGAAUGUGGGAAAUGUUUUACAGAAAAAGGAAAUCUUGUUAUACAUCAAAGAAGGCACACACAGAAGAAGUGUGUGAAGGAAUUUUCAUGUCCAGAUUGUGAAAGAUGUUUUACUGGAGAAUCAUAUCUUGUUCUACAUAAGAAAAUUCAUGCAGAAAAUAAGCCAUUUCUAUGUUCAGAAUGUGGGAAAUGUUUUACAAAGAAAUCUAAUUUCCUUACACAUAAGAGAACUCACACAGGAGAGAAGCCAUUUUCAUGUCCUGAAUGUGACAAUUGUUUUCCAAAGAAAUCAGAGCUUAUUGUACAUCAAAGAACUCACACAGGAGAGAAGUCAUUUUCAUGUCCUGAAUGUGACAAGUGUUUUCCAAAGAAAUCAGAGCUCGUUGGACAUCAAAAAACUCACGCAGGAGAGAAGUCAUUUCAAUGUGCAGAAUGUGGGAAAUGUUAUAAAAAGAAAGCAAAUCUUGUAAUACAUCAAAGAAGGCACACAGGGUCAUUUAUAUGUCCAGAAUGUGAAAAAUGUUUUAUUGAGAAAGCAGAUCUGGUUAAACAUCAAAGAAUUCACACAGGAGAGAAGCCAUUUUCAUGUUCAGAAUGAGGGAAAUGUUUUAUGCCUGACCAGCCUUCAUUUCAGAAUAAGAGGACUCACACAGGGGAGAAGACAUAUUAAUGUUCAGAAUGUGGGAAAAGUUUUACUACUAAAUCAAACCUUUUUACCCAUCAAAGAACUUGCACAGUAAAGACACCAAUUUAGUCUUCAGUUUUUGGGGAAACAUUUUCAUGAAAAUCAAAUUUGUUUACCAUCGAACACACACGGAAGAGAAGACAAUUUUACCUUCAGAAUGUGAGAAAGUUUUAACCAAACAUUCUCUUAACCCCUUAAAAGGGGUACUCCGCUCCCCAGCGUCUGUAACAUUUAGUUCCGAAUGCUGGGUGCGGGCUUCCGUGGUUGCCCGGCCCCCUUGUGACAUCAUGCCCCGCCCCUUCAAUGCAAGUCUAUGGGAGAAUUUUUGUGAAUAAUUCCAAAAUAUAGUACGAAA